UUGUAUAGAAAUGCAUCAUACAAGACGCUUGGACAUUCAGAGUAGAAACAAUAUAAAGCCAAUAUUUUAAUCAUGGGUCGUCUCAAGAAGGUCCCAAGACUUCCAUUUGUGAUUGGUAAACAUAAGGGACUGAACAAGGAUAACAUGACAAUAUACAACAAUAGCUACCGAUUAAGUCCGGGACACGCCAGGUAUAUUGUUUUGACCCAGCUGUGACUCUUGGAACUUGGUAGAACAAACUCAGAAGCGACCCUGACAACAUAGUGAAGGAAGGUGGGAUAACAGACUUAGAAUUUGACAUAUAAGUUUGCAAUUAUGGCAACCCAGGUACAAUAUCAGCCGAAGAAAAGCAACAUGACUUUCUGGGCGGCAAGAGAACCUGCUAAUUUGAUGUACGAUAGCACUGACCACUGGACCAAGAUGAAACUGAGGGGGAAGAAUGUUGAUCUCAGGCCCAGUGAGCAAGGGGUGAACUUCGAUACACUUCAGAGCCAGUUUCAACCACCAAGUUAUGUUAGCAGUCAGACAUACUUGGGUAGUUUGAGGAGGUCACAAAAUCCCGGCAUGCAAGACCCACAAAGCUACGCCGAGCGUCAGAGUGGUGGCCUGACCCGACUACCUGACCUUGACUUUAACACUUCCGUGAUAAACGGCCUCAACGGCAAUGUCCCCGGUGCUUAUUAUCUAUCUCGUCCCAAAACAAAACCCAACAAGGAAACACUGAGGACAUCAUUCAAUUCAAGAGCGAAGGAGGGUUUCAACUACUGGGAAAUCAAUAGACCAAAACCAACAACUUGUGCCCCCUAUCGAAGCAACUACCAAUAUUGGUACAGAACAAUGAAGGGGGUUAACGUCCUUGGAAGAGUCCAGACACUAGGGCAUUCAUUGCCCUACACUAAACACACCAGAUACUAGGUUGGACGAUAUGGGCUAGGGUCUUACAAAACUGUUAUUGGAAUUGGCAAUGCACCAAGAACGUAAAUAUAAAACCAAUAAGCAACCGCGACGGAAUUCACAAAUCUCUUAUGUUGUCUGAACUGCAUCUUUGGAUGAGUGUCCGAGUAGAUUAAUUGGAACUGAUGAUGGAACUUAUUUAUCUAAUACCAGGACAAUACUUAGAUAAUCCCAUGGUUAUCCCCCCGGGGUUAUCCCGUUCUGAUAGAGCGCAAUAUGUACCAAUUUGAUUAUGCCAUAUUUCACUAGAACAUGGAGGUACAUAUACUCAUAGACGUAUAAUGAUCGUUAGUACACGUCCAUACGAUUUGUAUGGCACGGUAGGCGCAGGAGUCACCUGGAAACAGUUCAUUUAUAAUAUGGGAAGAUGUUAAAAAAAUUACUUCAAAAUAAUAGUGGUUCAAAAUGAUUAGUCCAUGCAAUUCUAAUGUUGCCUUGACAACUGUGAUGCAGGGAACUCGCGGCGGGACUUCCUACGACCUUGAUUUACUCGGAGACAAGGGAAAUGGAGUUAUGGAAUAGAUUCAUUUAAUUUGACAGUUAAUAGACAAACAAUCCCAGUGAAUGAGUUAGGGUCAUGACUGUGAAAAGGAAGUAAUUAAAGAUACAUUUUGAAGUUGAUACCAUUGGGAAUGGUCCAACUCGUGGAGAACAUUUACAAAAAGGGGUUCAAUAAUACUGAAUGUAUUAUCUUACUUUGUGCAUGUACAAUAUUGUUAAAUUCUGGAUAAACAGUUAUAUCUACAGUAUUAUUUUAUAGUAUUAAUUUUAACAGUAUUAUCUUACAAAUCUGUGCAUGUACAACAUUGUUUAAUUCUGGAUAAACAGUUAUAUCUACAGUAUUAUUUUAUAGUAUU